UGUUCGGACCACUGAGAUAAAAUAAGUUUUAAAAAAUGGUUUUGAAAAAAAUCGACAACAGAAUUCGAGUUUUGAUCGAGAAUGGCGUUCAGUUGCGACACCGUUCUUUGGUUUUUAUUGUUGGGGACAAAGGCAGGGAUCAAGUUGUUAUUCUCCAUCACAUGCUAUCAAAAGCAACCAUCAAGGCAAGACCAACUGUUCUAUGGUGUUAUAAAAAGGAGCUUGGGUUUAGCAGUCACAGGAAGAAGAGAAUGAAACAACUGCAAAAGAAAAUAAAAAGUGGAACAUUAGACUUGAACAAAGAUGAUCCAUUUGAGUUGUUUAUAUCAUCAACUAACAUCAGAUAUUGUUAUUAUAAUGAAACACAUAAAAUACUUGGAAAUACAUAUGGCAUGUGCAUAUUACAGGAUUUUGAAGCUCUCACUCCCAAUCUCCUUGCCAGAACAGUCGAGACAGUUGAAGGUGGUGGAAUAAUUGUCGUUUUAUUGCGAACAAUGACGUCAUUGAAGCAACUUUAUACAAUGACUAUGGACGUUCAUGCUCGUUACAGAACUGAGUCUCAUCAAGAUGUUGUUGGACGUUUUAAUGAAAGGUUUAUUCUAUCAUUGAGUUCAUGUAAGCAAUGUAUGGUUAUCGAUGAUCGUCUCAAUGUUCUACCAAUCUCAUCUCAAACAUUAAAGAUAACACCACUAACACCAGUGACAAAGGAAGAAUCAGUGAGUCCAAACGAUGUUGAACUUCGAGAGUUAAAGUCGUCCCUGGAAGAUACUCCACCUGUUGGUGUUAUCGUCAACUGUUGCAAGACUCUUGAUCAGGCAAAAGCUGUGCUAAAGUUUAUCGAAGCAAUCUCUGAGAAGACGUUGAGGACAACUGUGGCUUUGACUGCUGCACGAGGUCGAGGAAAGUCAGCCGCAUUAGGUCUGGCGAUGGCUGCUGCAAUUGCGUUUGGAUAUUCCAAUAUAUUUGUAACUUCGCCAAGUCCAGAGAAUCUUCACACAUUGUUCGAGUUUGUGUUUAAAGGAUUUGAUGCUCUGGAUUACCAGGAACAUUUGGAUUAUGAACUGGUUCAGUCGACAAACCCGGAGUUUAACAAAGCCGUGGUUCGUGUAAAUGUUUUCAGGGAGCACAGGCAGACUAUACAGUACAUCCAUCCAGGUGAUUCCCAGAAGCUCGGUCAGGCUGAGUUAGUGGUAGUUGAUGAGGCAGCCGCUAUUCCAUUACCGCUGGUCAAGAGUUUACUGGGACCGUAUCUUGUAUUUCUCUCGUCGACCAUUAAUGGAUACGAGGGAACUGGUCGAUCACUGUCAUUGAAGUUAAUAAGUCAGCUGCGUGUCCAAAGUUCAGGCUUGGGUACAAGAACAACGAGUGAAUCUAAAAACAGCAAUGAUACCAACACUGGAAGUUCAGCGAGCCGUAUUUUAUCAGAAGUAUCUUUGAAUGAGUCAAUUCGUUAUUCACCCGGAGAUGCUGUGGAAGACUGGUUGAAUCACUUGCUGUGUCUUGAUGCUACGAUUGUACCAAAGUUUUCAUCUGGCUGCCCUCUGCCUGAUGCCUGUGAUCUAUAUUACGUAAACAGAGAUACGCUUUUCUCAUAUCAUAAAGCUUCAGAAGUGUUUCUUCAGAGAAUUAUGUCACUUUAUGUAUCUUCGCAUUAUAAGAACACGCCGAAUGAUCUUCAGUUGUUAUCAGAUGCUCCGGCUCAUCAUAUUUUCUGCUUGCUUGGUCCUGUUGAUCCUGCCAAGAAAACAUUACCUGAAGUAUUCUGUGUCAUACAAGUAUGUUUGGAAGGUGAAAUAUCCAAAUCUUCAAUAAUGAACAGUUUAGCGCGUGGUAAAAGAGCAUCUGGGGACUUGAUACCAUGGACCAUAUCUCAGCAGUUUAAUGAUUACGAGUUUCCCAGUUUGUCUGGUGGCAGAAUAGUUCGCAUCGCCACUCAUCCUGACUACCAGGGGAUGGGUUAUGGUAAACGAGCUUUACAGUUAUUAAUUCAAUACUACGAAGGCAAGAUAGCUGACCUUUCAGAGAGCACUGUUCAACCAACAGAUCAAGAAAUUCAGCCAACUGAUUUAAACGAGUCUGGUGAUCUACUUAAAGAAACUAUCGGUCCUCGCAAUAAUCUGCCGCCAUUGUUAUUAAAAUUGAAUGAACGCUGUGCAGAAAGGCUGGAUUAUCUUGGUGUGUCGUAUGGAUUGACUAAUGAUCUUUUACGAUUUUGGAAAAAGUCAUCUUUCGUUCCAGUUUACAUAAGACAGACUGCUAACGAACUGACAGGUGAACAUUCCUGCAUUAUGUUACGAGAUCUUCAUCACGUUGAUGAAAAUGGCACCUCGGGAUGGUUACUUGCGUUUUGGACUGAUUUUCGACGACGAUUCUUGUCCUUGCUGUCGUUUCAAUUUGGUUUAUUUUCCGCGACUCUGGCGCUAAGUGUGCUACAAAACAAAGUCUUUGUUGGUAGUAAUCAAGGUUUAACGCAAUCAGAAUUGUACAGCGUAUUAACAAAGUACGAUAUUAAAAGACUUGAUAUGUACUCAAAAAACUUGGUUGACUAUCAUCUAAUCACUGACCUACUCCCUGCAGUAUCCCGACUGUUUUUCUUACAAAAGACGAACUUCCAUUUGUCUGGUGUGCAAAGCGCAAUACUCAUGGGAAUAGGUCUGCAACACAAGACUAUGGAAGACCUUGAGAAAGAGCUACAGUUGCCGGUCAGUCAACUUCUGGGUCUGUUUAGUAGAGUUAUCAGAAAAGUUGUCAAGAAUUUUAACGAGAUCCUUGAGUCAGCAGUUGAGAGCGAAAUGACGAAGGAAAAGGAAAUAAUCAUGGAACCAUUGGCUAAAGAUCUCAAUGAAGAACUGGAAGAAAUUGCUGAAGAAAUAAAGGAAAAACAAAAAGAGAAAACAGAAAUGUUAAAAUCAAUGGAUUUAAGCCAGUAUGCAAUUGCUGGUAAAGACAAUGACUGGAAUGAAGCUCUGAAGGGCAAAGGACCAUCUCAAAUGAUCAGUAUUGCAAGUGACAAGCCAGAAAAGCGAAAAUCGUUGGCUUUAGAAGAAUCUACUAGUUCUAAAAAUAAACGGAAAAAACAGAAAAAGGUUAGGACAGGAUAAGUUUGAGGGAAUGACUGGUGUCUAUUUGUGGGGAGGUUUCCAUGAUGUCUGAUAACGUUUGCUUGGGUGAAGACAAAACAAGCAAACCUUCACCAUCACCUUCAAGUCAUCAGGAUUGACGUAAAAAAGACAUGUAAAAUACGAUUUGUCGUCGUGAAACUAUGGAACCUAUUUGUGUGAUAGCAAAUUUGCGAAUUCUGUAGUGUCUGUAACGGUUAUUUAUUUGUUGCAUUAGCUACUUCUACAUACGUUUGAAGUUCGUGCAUGCAAAAGCUGGCGACCGUCAAUCGAGAUGGAUGUAUUUCCUGAAUACGUGGAACUGAACGCAGGACAAACUACAUGUUUUUAAUCCUUUCUGUAACACGCUUAUACACGUGUGCAGUCACUCAGUUAAACACUUCUGCAAUUUCUAUGUGAGACAAGAUGAAUGGAAAAUAAAAGAUAAGUGAAAAUAAGAGAUGUGGAAAAUAAAAAUCAGCGAUCUCCUUCGCCUUGGGCGUGGAGCAAACGUGUUUUCUCCAUUAAUUGGCUUUAUUAAUUUUAUUAUUAGCUUUAUUAUUAGUUUUUAUUAAUUUAUUAAUUAGCUCGACGUCGCCAGUCAAUUAUU